AUAAGGUUGAGUUUUGAUAGCCAUCAAAGUAUCUUACCUUUUAGUGUUAAGAGAUCCCAAGUCUAUAAAUACAUAAGGAUCAGCGAGACCCCAGGUUUUGUUUGGACUUGUAGAACAUCUUCCAAACUUCUCUCUGAAAUCAGAUCUAGUUAAACACUUUCUAAAGUCCAGCCACCAUGCGCGGUUUCACUCUCACAGGCACAGUAGCCUGGCUACUCUCAUUUUCGACUUCAUAUGCGAAGUGGAUACAAAUUUCUGAUUGGGGCGAGAACCCGACACAUCUGGACAUGCAUGCAUACAUUCCCAGAAAUUUGCAGAGUUCGCCCGCCGUCCUUCUUGCCCUACACUAUUGUGGCGGAUCGGGGGCUCUGUAUCAUAAAAUGGCGAACUUUGACGCUUAUGCUGAGGCAAAGGGGUUUAUUGUAGUUUACCCAUCCACCAGAAUGGACGACAACUGCUGGGACGUUGCCUCGAAUAAGUCUCUCACAGUAGAUGGAGGAGGUGACAGCACUGGUCUGGCAAACAUGAUGAGGUACUUCAUCGAAGCGUAUAACGCAGACCCGAUGAGAAUCUAUGUUCAAGGCACGUCUUCUGGCUGUAUGAUGACGAACGUGCUCCUGGCCACUUAUCCGGACUUAUUCAUGGCCGGAUCUUGCUAUUCUGGUGUCCCAGCAGGCUGCCUGGCGGGCUCACCCGGAUCGAGCCCGCAGAGUGCUGAUUCCAAAUGCGCCAACGGCCAGAAUAUUAAGACGGGCGAGGAAUGGGCAAAGAUAGUCCGAGCUAUGAACCCAAGAUGGACCGGAGGAUAUCCCCGCCUGCAAACUUUCCAUGGUACCGCGGAUGAGUUUGUCAGUUAUAAAAACUUUGGAGAACAGCUGAAGCAGUGGUCGGCUAUCCAGGGUGUCGAGCUCACUCAGAAUAUUACGGAUAGGCCACAGGGAGGCUAUACUCAAAUGCUAUAUGGAGAUGGUGGUUACUUGGUUGGGAUUUCUGCUCACGACGUUGGCCAUGUGGUUCCUGUGAACCUAGAUGCCGACAUAAGGUGGUUUAAUCUAGGAGUUUGAUCUAGAUUCACGGCAAACUGGGAUGGUUUUCAUUUUCUGUUGGGAUCAGGUCAUGAACUACCUUGAGCAAGGCCCCUCUCUUGGUCUACCGAUGGUAGGAGCUGAUUUAUAUCUCCGACGGGCUGUAUUAGGAUAAGUUUUGCGGUAUGAUAAAUUAUUUCAUUUAAAGAUCAAAGCGUGGUUUUCUAGAUUUGUUGAUUUGAGUGUAGUUAUGGUGGACCAUUAGUGCAACUGUGCCAAAAUUAAUAAAAU